CAUCACAAACGGAGUUGAGGCGGUGGCAUGACGCUUAAAUGCGUAGGAUGGACACUAUCCGCAUAAUGCAUCAUAAGUAAAACUUUAAACUUCAAACUUCGAUCAUGAAUGCACUGGAAUAACAGCAACAGGUUAAUUGCACAUGAGAGCACAUUAUAGAUUAGCGAAACCUAUUCCUCACGCGUUCUACGCAGCAAAUGGCUAGUUUAAUCAACUGUUUGGUGCUUUAAGAAGCAGGCUGCAUAACGAAUAGUGACAUUACAUUAACUCCAAUAAGAAAGCUCUUGGAAUAAAUUUAAAUUUGGACAGGAUCUUUGAGUGAACGCUUCCUCAGCACGAAUAACGGUCAUCAUUUCAAGAUCAUCAGCUUAUCUGUGGAGAUGGACCUCCUCUUUAGCCUCUUUUUGCAUCACUGACUUUGAUAUGCCUUCUCUGCUUCAUCAAAUCCCAGCACUCGGAGCAGAGAGCACCUGAUUGGAGACGCUGUUGCACAAGAAACAGAGUAGAAUCAGAAACAACAAGACGAACAAGAGCGCUGUGUCGUGGUAGGAGGUUUCACCAAGGCCGCAGUGCAUCAUGGGUAAGCAGAACAGCAAGCUGCGUCCGGAGGUGCUGAACGACCUGCGGGAGAACACAGAGUUCACCGACCACGAGCUCCAGGAGUGGUACCGCGGCUUUCUCAAGGACUGCCCAACCGGUCACCUGACUGUCGACGAGUUCAAAAAGAUCUACGCCAACUUCUUCCCCUACGGCGACGCCUCCAAGUUCGCCGAGCACGUCUUCCGUACCUUUGACACCAACGGCGACGCCACCAUCGACUUCCGGGAGUUCAUCAUCGCGCUGAGCGUGACGUCGCGCGGUGGCCUUGAGCAGAAGCUGCGCUGGGCCUUCAGCAUGUACGACUUGGACGGCAACGGAUACAUCAGCCGUGCAGAGAUGCUCGAGAUUGUCCAGGCGAUCUACAAGAUGGUGUCGUCAGUCAUGAAGAUGCCAGAAGACGAGUCCACUCCGGAGAAACGCACCGACAAGAUCUUUAGACAGAUGGACACAGAUAACGAUGGACGGCUCUCGUUGGAGGAGUUCAUCAAGGGAGCCAAGAGUGACCCCUCUAUUGUGCGCCUCCUGCAGACGGACCAGAGCACCUCGCACCAGUUCUGAGCUUUACAUCCAACCCCCUCCAUCUUUCUCUCCCUCCCUAUCUCAGUCUUGCUCCAUCCUUCUCUUUUACCUCCAGCAAUCAGUUCUGAGAUCCACAUCCACCCUCCCCCAUCUUCUCUUUUACCUCCAGCAAUCAGUUCUGAGAUCCACAUCCACCCUCCCCCAUCUUCUCUUUUACCUCCAGCAAUCAGUUCUAAACUCCAAUCCCCCCCUCCCUCACACACAGACACACAAUCCCCCCCUCCCUCACACACAGACACACAAUCCCCCCCUCCCUCCCCCCCUUUUCAACUCCUGCGGUCAGAACAGGGCACCUGGACUGAGCGCCUCAUCUCUCCCCUCUGCAAAUGACCACCAACCCCUCUCCACACACACCCUCCGCCUUCUCCAUCUCGCACCUCCUGCCGGGUCCGAGGUCGAAGCGGUUCUGAUCGGAUCCUCUCAUCCCCACCCAUCCACCAUCUUUCCUUCUCUCUCACUCCCGCUUGAUCAAGCCUACACCCCUCAACAGCUCUCUCAACAACCAGCCCUGUACAGCAUCCCAGCCAGACAGAGCUUUGGUGCUGACCAAGCCAUAGAGGGAAGUUAGUUCCUCAAACUGGCACGGUUAACGGCCUACCUGCUAAGUCUUAUCUGGUGUUAUUGUGUAACCAUCGUACAAGCAACUCUGUUACUCCUUUGGUGCUUCAGUGACCACCACUGAGGUCAAUGCUUUGCAGUCGGCUGAUAGUGUUUGGCCUAUUAGGUGGCGGCUUUGUGAUUAGUUGACCUGUGUGAGCCUGUUGCAAGUUACAGAAAUUACGCCCCACACUCCUCUUCUCCUGCUUUUAUUGUACAUUCCACAAAGGUAUGGUCUUGAGGCUAAAUGUUUUUAUAUUGUUGUAUUACCUUAUUUUAAAUGGAGGUCCAAGUGCCAAAAGUAUCUCAUAUUUGUACUAAAGGUAUCAUACUUAUCAGUAACCGCCAGUGACUUUAUAUUGGUGUUGAAUGUUUUCAUAAAGACAGUGGCUUGUGUGCUUCUAACAUUGCUGUUGCUGAGCGACUGUGACAGCUCUGUUUUGCCAUAUUUCUGUCAGUUCUGUUUUUAACUGACAUGUUACAGUGUAAUUUCAUCAUUGGUCUAUUAGCGUUAUCAGACCGUAACGUUCACCCACAGUGAAACAGCCAGGCUAAAUAAGAGGGCUAGAACACCCUCUUCGUCCAUCCAUUCAUCUCACUGUUUACAUUUUCAAAAUGGAAAAUAAAUAAACUCUGGAUGAGGUCA